AUGCCAACCAACCCCCGCCUCAUCGCCCUCUGCAUCGCCGCCUUCCUCCUCUCUGCCUCCCUAACCUACACCAUCCGCAAAACCAACCACCACCACACCAACCCCUGGUUCCCGUCCACCCAUUCCCUCAAACCCGGACAACACAGCCUCCUCCCACCAACGAUAGCCUACGCAACCUUCCUCCCCGCCACCGGGAACGAGAACGAAGGCGAUCCGCGACCACUCCAGGACGACGGCCCCUUCACCAGCGCCCGCAUCUUAGCCUACCAACUCCUGCACUCCCAAACCGUAGGCACCAACAAUAGCAUCCCCUUCCUUAUCCUCUGCACCCGGAACCUCUUGAAAGCGAAAUGGGAAAGAUUAAAGAAGGACGGCGCCACAGUCAUCUUGGUAGAAGAUCUUGCUCCUACCCACGAAUACGAGGAGCGAAAGAAUAUCCUAGCCCGUCUGCGGAUAUUUCAGUUGACGCAGUAUUCUAAGAUCUUGUAUCUGGACCCUAGUACGCUGGUGACGCGGAAUCUGGACAAGAUCUUCUAUGAUGAGGCGACUCUCACGGCCUCCACGGCCACCCUCCCACCGAAAGACGCAUCAACCCAAGAACAAACUCCCGAUGCCGCGACGGCGUCACUACCCCGCACCUACAUGUUCGCCUCCCACGCCUCGACCCAAUCUUACGCGCACCCUUACCCACCCAACUACGCCGACGAGCACGACUCCAUCCCUGCUUUCCAUAUCCUCGCUCCGGGGAAAGUGGUCUUCGAGUACUACCUCAGCUUGCUGAAAGAUCAGAAGACUGCGUGGUCGCGAGCGAAAGAUCCAGCGGAGGAAGUGCUAAAGCACGCGCAUAGACGUGCGGGAGCCAUGCCGUGGCGACCGGUGUGGUAUGGAUGGAAUAUCGACUGGCCGGGGGAGGGGGAUUGGCGAGGCGGCGCGCACAGCUUCACUGCGGAAUUCUGGGACGGCGGUGAUCCGAGUCUGGAUGCGGUUUUGAAGGGGAUUUGGAGGGAGCAGAGGGCGGAGAUGGAGGGGUUUUAUCGGGGUAGGGAUGGGUGA